GUGAGAGCACAGGCGUGGACUACAGGGCCUUAAUUGGUGACCGCUCAUUGCAUUUACUUGAAGUUAUCUCCUUAUAGGGUAUGGCUAGCACAGCAAGAGCCGUUCGCCUUUACGUUGGCAACCUAGCCUGGACUGUAGGCCACAGACAGCUGAGGGAAUACUUUGCCCAAUUUGGGCUAGUGCAAAAUGCUAGAGUAGUUUUUGAUCGCUCUACUGGGUUAAGCAAAGGGUAUGGUUUUGUUGAAUUCAACUCCCCCUCUGGUGCUGCAGACGCUACUAAUAAACAAGUGCAUACUCUUGAAGGACUGAACCUGAAUGUUCAACUUCAGAACAGUUAGAUUUUGUUUCUAAAUUACUAAUU